AUGGUGAUAAAGUUUACAUCGAACGUGGUGGAUCCGCCGGCUCUGCUGUAUAUGGGUGUUGAUAAAUAUGAAAACGAGGAGCUUAUAAAGUAUGGUUGGCCAGAAGAUGUGUGGUUCCACGUUGACAAGGUGUCGUCAGCACACGUUUACCUUCGCUUGCCAGAAGGAAUGACCAUUGACACCAUUCCACAAGCUUUGAUUGACGAUUGCUGCCAGCUUGUAAAGGCGAAUUCCAUUGACGGCAACAAGAUGACAGAUGUUGGCAUUGUGUACACGAUGUGGGGAAACUUAAAGAAGACUGGAGACAUGGCUGUAGGUCAGAUCGGGUUUCAUGACAGUAAGAAGGUGAAACGAUGCGUUGUACAGAAACGAAUCAACGAAAUAGUAAACCGAUUGAAUAAGACCGAAAAAAAGGAAGAUAUUGACUACAGGGCUGAACGUGAACAGCGAGAUACGGCAGUACGCCGACUACAACGGAAACUGGAGCAGGAAAAGAAGGCAUUGGAAAUGAAAGAAGCGGAAGAGCGGGAAGCACUGCGGCGACAACGUCAUUAUGAAGACGUCGACUGGAAUGCGCAACGUGACAGUGAAGACGGCAACCUAUCAGACGACUUUAUGUAG